GAGCUCUUCAACCUCACAAGUGUACACCUUUUACUUGACCUAAACCUCAUAAACCCUCUCUUACCUCCACACACACACUCUUCUAUAUCUGUAGAUAGAUAGAUACGUAUAGAAAGAGAAUCUAGAGAGAGAAAACAGAAACCCAUUUCCCAGAAAGAACACAAAAAUAGAAAUGGCAACUUCAACCCAGUUCCCGGACGAUUUUCGGUGCCCGAUUUCCCUUGAAAUUAUGUCCGACCCGGUUAUUCUGUCGUCGGGUCACACCUUCGACCGCUCUUCAAUCCAACGGUGGGUAGACUCCGGCCACCGGACUUGCCCGAUUACCAAGCUACCCAUUUCCGACCCGGUUUCUCUCAUCCCUAAUCAUGCCCUUCGGAGUCUCAUUUCCAAUUAUACCCUCGUCUCUUUCCCCAAACCACUCACAUACCCUGAACCGCAGUCCCUUAUUCAAACCCUUAUUGCUUCUUCUUCUUCUAAUUUGGAUUCUAAGCUCCACUCGCUUGACCAACUCAGUAAGCUUUCCAAGCGUGAUUUGGCGAUCCGAAGGAAACUCACCGAGUCGGGCGCUGUAUCUGCUCUUCUCAAUUGCGUUAACUCGGAUGAUGACUCGGGUGGUUUGCAGGAGAAAGCGCUUCAUUUGUUGUUGAAUUUGAGCUUGGAUGAUGAUAACAAAGUGGGGUUGGUGGCAGAAGGGGUUGUGGGGAAAGUGGUCUCCUCUUUACGAAGAGGUGCUGGAGACUCGAGGGCGGUGGCGGCCACGGUUUUGACGAGUUUAGCGGUGGUGGAAGUGAAUAAGGCAACCAUUGGGGCAUACCCAGAUGCAAUUCCAGGGUUAAUUUCGCUGCUUUGGGGUGGCAGCGGUAGAGAGAGAAAGGAAGCUGCUACUGCUCUCUACACGCUGUGCUCUUUCCCGGAUAAUCGGGUUCGGGCCGUGCAGAACCAGGCUGUUCCAGUACUAAUUAAGAAUGCUAAUUUAGGCCUAGAAAGAUCAGUUGAGGUAUUGGGAUUAUUAGCAAAAUGUAAAGAGGGUCGUUAUGAAAUGUUUAAAUACUGUGGGUUGUUGGAUAUUUUGAUAAAAUUCUUGAAAAAUGGGUCUUCAAGAGCUGUGCAAUAUGGUCUUUUGACUAUCAGCUUGCUGUGUAGUUACAGUGAAAGGAUGCGUGUGUUGGCUGUAAGAGAAGGGGUGUUUGAGAUUUCUGUUGGGUUAUUACAAGAUGAUAAUGAGAAAGUGAGAAGAAAUGCUAAUAGCUUGAUUCAGGUUUUACAAGGGCAAACAUUAAGUCUUUGAGAUAUGAAUUUGGAAAGUGUUGAUUUUGAAUGGAUUAUUGGAAGCUUUGGAGGGUGAAGAAGAAGAAGGUGAGUUUUUAGGCUUCCUCAUAAUUAUUUUUGUUGAAUAGUUUUUCUUUGUACAAAAAGAUUAGAAUUUUAGGGCAAAAAAUGUGCAUCUCUCUUUUUCUCUAUCAAAAUCUCUUUUGUUUUUUUGGUUUUAUAUUAUCAACAUAAGAAUAAGAAUGAAAAGACAAACAUCAAUGGUUCUUUCACUGUCUCA